CGAAGUUCCAGCUUGCUGCAUUGCUACGUUCUGUUACCUUGUCUCGCUUUGCGAUUACUAUCCUAUUCUCUGGGUACAGCCGGUCUGUCCAGCCCAGUGCAACCCACUAAGCAAUCCACGUCAGCCGGAGCGGGCAAUGUCCCAGUGACCUACCACAACUAAACUAACUACAACUACUUCCGCGACACCCCAAACCCAACCAGAGGUACAAACACCAUGGCCAGCGUACAACCACACUACACCCACGGGGACAUUCGCGACGAUGAAUCCAUCCUCGAUGACGAUGUGAUUGAAGCUGAUGAUGCCAUCGAAGCCGACGACCCCCUCCACGACACCUCUGACACCGCCCCUCUCCGCGGAAACAUCCAACCCGAAGCCUCGAGCUCCGCCCGCGGCGGCGGAAGCAACUUCUCCAGCAAUUACCUGACGUCCACGAUUGGCGGCGAAGACCGCCGCGCGACACAGAGCACCAUUGACGAGACGGUAUGGGAGACGCUGUCGCGCGACUUGCGGGCCGUCUGGGAGAAGAUGCGCCAGGUGUUGUGGCCUAAGUACCUCAUUGGGGGCAUGUUGCAGCGCGGCGGGGGUGGGAUUGGUGCCGCGGAGAGAGGUGAGGCUACGGGCUUUGGGGGUGGGCUGAGGAACAUGGUAGGACGCUGGCCGGAUGCCGAUGUUGUGUUGCAGGGUGGGAUGAGUGAGGGGUUGAGGGAUUGGGAUCUUUGGGGUCCUCUGAUCUUCUGCCUCCUGCUGAGUAUGUUUCUGUCGAUGCGCGCCAAGGAUGAGCAGUCGUCGCUGGUGUUCUCGGGCGUUUUCUCCAUCGUGUGGAUUGGGGAGGCGGUCGUGACGUUGCAGAUUAAGUUGCUUGGUGGAAAUAUCUCAUUCUUCCAGUCGGUUUGUAUCAUCGGAUACACGCUCUUCCCUCUGGUUAUUGCCUCUCUGCUCAGUGCCUUUGGCCUCCCGACUAUUGCGCGCAUACCGGUGUAUCUUGUCCUGAUUGCGUGGUCGCUGGCGGCGGGCGUGAGUAUCCUGGGUGGAUCGGGCGUGUUGCGCAACCGGGUCGGCAUUGCGGUAUACCCGCUGUUUGUGUUUUAUAUUGCGAUCGGGUGUCUCUGCUUUAUCAGUUAGGGUGGACGAGGAGGAGGAGAUGAUGAUGUCGUAGGCAUGGUGUCGGUGGGACGAUGUGAAGAUGAAGAUGAGGAUGAAGACGGAGGAGACAGUCAGUCAGUCAGCGUGGAUUUCUGUGUUGUAUCAAUUCCGGAUGAUUUCCCAUUUGCGUUUUGUAUGUUCAGAUCGAAUAG